UCUAGGAGAAGAGACAGGGAGGCUGAUGCGCUCGCCUUGCUGCCCCCCAACGCAUUGGCUGAAUGUGGACCUCUGGUGUUUUUUUAGUUGAUAUUUUUAGCAUCGGAGGUCGGACUCGUAUUGCAUCUAGCGUGGUAGUUCGCGCAGUUCAUCUGCAGUGCUGCUGCGCGCUGGAGAACCGCAGUGUGUUGCGCCGCGAACGCUCGAGCUCAGCAUAUUGAAGAACGUGUCCGCUUAUUACGGCGAAUGAUUUAAGGUAAACACACAGGUCUGUUUGGAUAUCGCAUCUAGGCUUUCAGUGGCCUCUUGCUAAGACGCUUUUUGGGGGGUGAAAUGGCCAGUCCUGGAAACGAUUCGGCUUCAAAUGCCCAGCUGGAGCAGGGUGAAUGUGCAGACGCUACCCCUGAACCAGCGUUUCAAGAAGCUCAGAAAUGGAUCGAGGCAGUGACAGGAAGAAGUUUUGGUGAUAAGGAUUUCAGAAGUGGGCUGGAGAACGGCAUUCUGCUCUGCGAGUUGCUGAGUUCAAUCAAACCAGGGCUUGUGAAAAAGAUCAACAGACUCCCAACUCCCAUUGCAGGACUGGAUAAUCUGACCAUGUUUCUGAGAGGAUGUGAAGAGCUGGGAUUGAAGGGAUCACAGUUGUUCGAUCCUGGAGACCUGCAAGAUACAUCGAUACGUGCAAACCUAACAGGCUCUGACUGCAGUAGAAAGCUGAAGAAUGUGCUCAUAACCAUAUACUGGCUCGGUAAAGCUGCUAACAGCUGUGCAACGUAUAACGGCCCCACACUCGACCUGAAAGAGUUUGAGGGGCUCCUUUCCAUGUUGCGAAAGGAGUGUGCAAAUGAAGAGUUGGACUCCCCUAAGCGCAGUAUACGGGACAGCGGUUACAUUGACAGCUGGGAAUCGGAGCGCUCUGAUUCGCUGUCUCCUCCGAGGCACGGCCGAGAUGAUUCGUUCGACAGUCUCGACUCAUUUGGCUCUCGAUCGCAGAACACACCCUCUCCAGACACAGUUAUCCGCUGCAACAGUGAUGACUCUGAAGGUGACGGUGGUUUAAGGAAGUUGCCAGACAUGCGUAAGGAUGACAUGUCUGCCCGUCGCGUGUCCUACAAAGAGCCUCGUGCCGCCCUACCCUUCAACCAGUAUCUGCCGAACAAGAGCAACCAAACCAACUACCUUCCCGCCCCCCUGAGGAAGAGGAGGAGCGAGAGAGAGGAAGACAGGAGAAGUCCAAGCAACUCAACAUCUCCUGUAGGGGGAGAAAGACCUCUCAGACAAGAAUGCGUAGAAAUGGUAAAAGAGGGGGCUGGCGUGUCUCGAAGCCUUGGAUUGAAGAAAAACUUCACCUGGGCUGAUGAGAAAGGGGCAGAGCGUGAGGAUGCUGAGCUUAAGAAAAUAAGGAAGCUUGAAAAGUCGGGAAUUAAAGUAUUACCCGCCUCUGUGCGAUUUAGCAGUCCAAUCAAGGAUCCUGUGGAGGAUAAUAAAGCUAAACCACCUUCACCUGACAUCAUUCUUCGGCGUGACAAUGACUUCAUGCGGGCUGCAGCCCCACAUCAGUGGGACUCGAAUGAGGAAGAUGAAGAUGCAGAGGCAGAGCAGAAGGUUCCAGAUGUCCAAAAGGAUGAUCUUGCUUCUCGCAGAGCCCGCAUGAAUCAAUUCAAACCAAGUGUUGCCCAUAACUUCCUGCCAGGCUCUUGUAGUUGGAAGGACCGAGAGAAAUGGGAGGGGAUUAGGCUGGCAUCCCAGCAUGCUGUGUUGGAGAGAAUGGAGAAGAUGGAACUGGAAAAAAAGAGUCAGGCUGACUCCGCCCUCCCUGAGAUACCAAUCAUUACUCGUAAGGACAGUCCUUUCCUGAAUCUUGAAAAAGAAAGGGCAAAAGAAGGGGAUGAGGAAGAUAUGAAAGAGGUAGAAGGGAAGAUAGUUGUCCCAAACCCACACAAAGAUGAUCUAGCAAGGAGGCGGACUGAGGGAAGGCCACGCCCUCCCAAAGAUCCUCAUCAGUCAUUGGUCCAGACUUCCAUCACUCAAUCAGACCUGGAAACAUGGCAGAGACUCAAGAUGAAUACAGAGAGCAGUGAGUCUGACUCCACCCCUGCUGAAGUGUCAAUCUUAACCCGCAAGGACAACCCCUUCCUGACUCCUGAGAAAGAAAGUGGGAGUGAGCAGGAGAAUGAGGAAGGGACAGUCAGAGAGAAAGUGGGGUGGGUGGUGAUGCCUGAUGUAAAGACAGAUGACCUGGCCAGAAGGCGGGCCCAAAGUGGGUCCGUCCCACAGAGAGACCCCCUGCAGUCAUUGGCUCAAACAACCAUCACUCAGUCAGACCUGGAGAAAUGGCAGAGGCUCAAGAUGAAUACAGACAGCAGCUUCACCCUUAGCCCAAGAGAUGCUGAGGACAUGCAUAAGAAGUGUCAUCAGAUGAUGGACAGGCAGGAGGCGGGAUCUGUAGGUGUGGUGGGACAUGAAAGUCUUAUUAAAGAUGAGACUAUUACCAAAAGCCCCUCUCCUUUACCCGACCAACCCUCACGCCAGUCCCUUUGGCAGGAAGAUGAUGAUCUCCCCCCAAUAUUCAGAGCUACUAGUGUUUCUGAUGAAACAGAGAGUGUGAGUUUGAUUGACAUGCGUGAUGAAGAGGAUGAGCUUGCCUACCUUCGGGCGCACAGCCAAUCACGGCAUGAGCGCCUACACAAUCAGUACAACAAACUCAAAGAGGAGGAGGACCAGUGGCAGGACGAUUUGGCUCGCUGGAAGAGUCGGAGACGAAGUGCUUCUCAAGAUCUGAUCAAAAAGGAAGAGGAGAGGAAGAUGAUGGAGAAACUAAUGACAACGGAUGGAGGAUCCGCCUACCGCAGAAAGAGCAUCAAAACAUACAAAGAAAUAGUAGAAGAGAAAGAGCGUAGGGAGCAGGAACUACAUGAACAAUAUUGUAAAGCCUCCACUCCAGAAGAGAAAGCAGCUGUGCUUCAACGUUAUGCUCUCCGUUUCACCAUCAGCGAUGCCAUAUUGGAGAGACUUCAGCUCCCCAAACUGCCUUCUGCUGCCUCACCUCUCCAUCAGCCUGAGAAGAAGCCAACAUGCACCGCCCUCGAGGAAGCAAAGGUUCCAGAGCCUGCACAAACUACCCAAACACACCCUGUAGACCAGAAGACUGCACAAAAACAGGCACCAGCGCUGCCCAAAACCACUGAACCAUCACCUGGCAAGUCCAUCAAAGCUCCAGAAGUCCUUUCAGCACCCACACGAGUUCCUCCUGCUCCAUCAAAGCCUGUACCCCUCAUCACCCCAAAACCCUACAGCCAGCCAAAAUUCAGCCAAGGCCUCCGCAAAUCAAUAAAGAGUGAUGGGCUGAUACGUGUGAAUGGUGAGAGCACUCAGCAGGAGAGCAGAGAGAGGGAGGAUAGAAAUAUGCAUCGUCCUAUCAACUUCUCUCCCUCACCUCCAAAGCCAGCCACUCAAAGUCUACAAAAUGAGGAGCUCAUUGUGUUAGAAGCCUCAGACCACCAGCAAAACUUACAGACUUCCAUUCCUGAACAAGAGAAAGAAGUUGUAAAGAUGGAAAAGGAAUGUUCUCUUAUUUCUCAAGCAGAGAAUAUCAAAGAAGACCAGUCAACCGCACUAUCGUUGUCAGAACCAGCAGGAAAGCAGCCAGUGCCAGACACAAUGAUGAAGCUCAGCUGUGUUGUCACAACGACCAUAGUGACAGAACUCACUCAGACACAACAAAUCCCACCAAAUGACACGUCCUGCACUGAACAGCUUGGUUCAGUCCACAGUUCAUGUGAUUUGAGCUCAACUGCCGAGACCAACAAGGCUGACCAGACUUCAAACUCACUAUCACUGACAGAGGGGAUUGACUACUCAACUGAAUGUAUUGAAACCCCAAUGUUGAAUCUUGCAAAAAGGGUUGAUCACUGGACGUGGGAUCCUAAUGAGGAGCGUAGACGGCAGGAGAGAUGGCAACAGGAGCAGGAACGCCUACUGCAGGAGAAAUAUCAGAGAGAGCAGGAGAAACUGAAGGAGGAGUGGGAGAGAGCGCAGAGAGAGGUGGAAGAAGAGGAGAGGAGACACCAUGAAGAGGAGAGGCGGAUACUGGAGGAAACUGUGACCCCACUGACCCCUCGCACCUCAGUUUUACCACCCGGUAUCAUGACCGAGGCUCCGUAUCUCACCCAGCCCUCAGUCUCACAGGACACUAUUGUCCUCUCCUUGGCUGACUGGGAGAAGAAACAGGAAAUGCUGGAGAAACAGGCACAGACGAACCAGAGUAACAGACUGACACACAGCCCUGAUCAAGUAAUCGAACCAGCUCAGCAGAAUGGGCAGAGGAUUGAACCUCAGGAGAGCCAAACAGCCACACCACAACUGCAGUUUUUACAAGAUGGCUCUUGGAGCUGUAAGUCUAAAGGCGUGCAAGAGGAUUUGAAGAAAACUGCCUCACUUGAUCGCAAACAGAGUCCACCCCAGAGCCGGACCACAGGGAUGAGGAGGACUGGGUCGUGUGAAAAUAUUUUAGGGACACACCCAUCAAAAUCACCCACACCAUCACAAGACACGCCACCUCCAUCACCCAGCAGGUCAGUAAGUGGAAAGAAACUUUGCUCCAGCUGUGCACAUCCGUUGGGUAAAGGAGCAGCUAUGAUCAUUGAAACCUUGGGGUUGUACUUCCAUAUUCAGUGCUUUAAGUGUGGCGUGUGUAAAGGGUUACUUGGCGACACAAGUGCUGGGACUGAUGUCCGAAUUCGAAAUGGACUUCUUAAUUGUCAAGAAUGCUACAUAAAAUCAAGGGCUGCUGGCCAGCCGACAACAUUGUGAGGCCUCUGCACUUCUGACAAGGAAAUGGAACCGGAAUCAGGUUAAACCAAGACAGGACCAGACCCAAGAAGAACGGAUUUUAUGUUUCUACAACAUUUCCAACUAUUUUCCUUACAGCACAAACAAGCACAUAUACAUCAACUUCAGAACUGGAAUCAUGAACGCAUGAUGGAUUUUCCUCUGGACUUUGUGCUCACUGAAAUAUGACAUGAUAAAGAGUUUUAAAAAUAUAUUACAGCGAGUCUGUUAAUAACUGUUAGUUUUACACUUUAGAAUGAGCACUGGUGGAACUUUACCUCACAGUGGCCAUGUUACACACAGUUCAAUAGCAAUGAGGCUUUCUUGUUUAAAUGCAUCAGUAACAAACCUCAGUACUUAAUGGGGCGAGAGAGAUCAUUCCAAAUGUCUGUGCCGUUAACCCAAAUACAACACCAUUUCAGGAAAACACUGGGACAUUUUAUCUUUAACCUUUACGCAACUGACAAAAGUGUAAAGAAAAGAUUUCCAAUGUUUUCACUUGACCAGUAUUUUGUAAAUAUAAACACAUUUUGAUUUUAAUGGCUGCAACAAAAAGUCAGAGGAAUGUUUUCCACUGUCACAUCACCUUUCCUUUUAAUCACACUUUUAAAUAGUUUAGGAAUUAAGGAUACUAAUUGUUGCAAAGUGAUUUUUUUUUUGCCCAAUCUUACUUGAUAUUGUCCAGCUGCUCAGUGGUCGUGGUUUCCUAGUGUCAGAGGUUUCCUCCCUUGCCCAACAAGGACUGAGAUUUCUGUGGAUUCCCUUAAUCUUUUAACAAUAUUAUGUAUGGUAAAUGGUCAAAGACCUGAAUCUCUCCUGCAAUCUUGCAUUGAGAAAUUUUGUCAUGAAAUUUGGCACAAAGUGGUGAGCCAUGACUGAGCCUUGUACUAUUGGAUUGUACUAUUAUUCCCAAUCAGGAGACACUCAUCUAGUACCAGUCCAGUCCACUUGCUUAUUAUGGACUGUUUCAAAACAGUUUAACAUUUAUUUAACUUUUUUUGGAGUGUGUUGAAGCCAUCAACUUCAAAAAUGGGUUUAUAUUUAGAAAAUACAAUUAAAGCAGCACUAUGCAGGUUUUUUUUUUUUACCUUAACUGAAUAGUUUCGGAUUUAUCGGAAUGGUUUUUCUAAUGACUAUUUUCGUGUUGAAUGUUGGGCGUCUCCCCCCACCCCCUGUUGCCUGUGAGCGGAAAAAACACACUUGCAAAUUUGAGGCCGCAGCAUCAGGAAGUGUUGCGUGAUAUCAGGUCUCGCGAUGUAAUUAAUUGCUUUACAGCAAGAAAGAUGUACUAAAAUAAACAUCAAACAGAAAUGACCCGGCGCCGUAUACAUGUGGUGUUCAAGGCGCACACAAUACACUGCUGACUGCCGACAGUUCAACAGGGCGCAACUCUUAAAGGGGCCACACCUUAUUUCCACUCGUUAUGCUACGUUCACACUGGACGCGAAUAGCGCGUCAGGUGCGAAUGAUUUCAAUGUUAAGUCAAUGCAAAGAUGCGUUACGCACGUAAAAAAUUCGUGCGGCGCGAAUGAGGCGUGGAGCGUGGUGCGGAAGACGCGAAUACGCCUUAUUUGCGCGUCAAGUUCACGCGAAUUGAGCGUCUGGCGCGUUAAGCGCGAAUGAUUUAGUUAGUGCAUUUGUGCAUUCAUGCGUUUGA